AUGAGAGAAGUUGUAUUUUCACAAGGUACAGGAAACGGCACUGGAGUUAAGACCGAAGAAAUGGCGGAAUCGGCGGUAAUUGGUACCCACGAUGAUGGGCUGCCAAAGAACAACUUGGAUUUGUUAACAUCCGACGACAAGCGAAAAGGCAGUGACAGCGGGCCGCGAUCUCCAAAGGCAGCUGACAGUGAAGCUGAAGGCCUCCAAGAAGCCGCAUGCCCCGCAUCUGAGAGCCUCCUAAAUGGUGCUUCUGCGGAUAGGACAUUUACUUCUACACUGCUCGCGCUAAGCCUUGCUGCUCCAAAGCGCGGUCUCGGCCGGAAAGAUCAGGGGUUAGAUUGCGUCCCGGGUGUCAAGCUUUCAAAGGCGGAGUGCGCAGAAAGAAUAUCUCCCCAUCCGAAUUCUCCGAAUACCCCAAAUGUAUUGGCGGAGGAGUGCGGUUAUCCAAGAAAGCUCCCCAGUGACACGUCCACGUCUUCCGAGUUCACAGGCAAUGGAGACAACUGCAUGGGGAGCAACACGGUGUCGCGGCUUCAAACUGGGGAUGGCGCAUGGUGUCCCUUGAAUUCCCUUUUGGAAACCGCCGCGUGGGCGGCUUCUUCCGAAUCGGGGGACAAAAAGUGCUCGGAGAGACUCACUGGCAAACUCGUGACACCAAAUUCCACUACAACUCCUCGUGGCGCUCCUGAUUACUCUACAUCGAUUCCGGACUCGAAGGCCGGUCGUGCCACGCCGGAUACGACAACAGGAGGUUCGGCUGAUAAACUGCCUUCCUCUCCCGACGGCCAGGACUCUCUGGGGCGCCUGUCCAAAGGCGAGCCGUCACAGCGCAUGACAGGGGAUCACACCUUGAGACAUGACAGUCGGCCGAGUGGGGGGACGCCGUUUGCCGUCUCUACCAAGGAGGGGCGCAGAAUUUUCUUGGAGGACGGCGCAUCGCAAUUUCUUGAGAACAGUGGUAGCCAACCCCUGCAAGUGAUAUGGGCUCUCCUGACUGAAGCGAAAGAGAUGCUGAGAGAUAUCGCAGCAGUUCAACAAGGGCUGGUGGAGGCGCAACAGCAGCUGACCCUGUUGCAUAAAAAUUCAGUACUCGGGACAGGCUUACCGCUGAGAGCGUCACAGUUUCGUCGAGCCCCUAGUACUCUCGCAGCUGUCGACGACCGCGGGAAUCGCGAUGUACGCGCUCAACUGGAGCUGUUAGCGAGCCCAGAUCAGCUGGUGGAUUGGGACGAAUCCGACGCCUUUACGGCAGGAGCGCUCGCUACGGCGUGUUCGGGUGACGUGAAUGUGUCGUCAACGCACGAUCUGACUCGUAUCGCCCGGGAAAGCGCGAAUAGCUCCAAGUCCUCGAAUGCCUCGCAACCUGGAAGUGAAGAAUGCCUCCAGCAUCUUGCACGGGCGCGAAGCACCCGGACUGCUGCGCGCCUUCCGAGUCCCCACGCUUUGGAAGCGGUGCUGUCUAGCGGAGAAAACGGCCAAAGGCACCUGGGACUCGAACGGCCGUCCUCUUCGGCGUUGCGCAGUUCGUCCUUCUCAAGUGCAGAGUCUUUUUCUGCAAAUUUAAACGGCGUUGGCGCUCUGGCACCUGUAGACGGAAGUAGUGCAGCUCCUUUCGGGCAACCGCUCCUGGCGCCAAUAUUUUCUCGGGGCCGCGCACUAGAUAAGCACGACUGUGUUGAAGAGGAGUCUCAACUUGCUGCUGCGCUCAAAAAAAGAGCUCGUCCACGAGGUCCGAAUUGGACGGGCCCCGAAGGAAUAGACAAAGCUCGCAGUGCGCUUCGGCUUACACUACCGCCCGCUUCGCUGUAUCAGGGUUCCGUUUCUGCGGAUGAGGUCGGAUCUCGCAAGUCCAUGCCCGUCGAACUAGGUACUGGCGGGCACCUGGGCGACUUUCCGAGUCGGACGAAGCGGAAGGCAGGUCUGAUCACGGAGCAAGGCCUGCCCGAUUCACCAUCCAAGGGCGAUGAUGGAGAAGAUUGCCACGGAGUCGCGUUGAAACAACCAAGCCCCCAGUCAGCCGCCGAUCUCACAAAGAGCAGUGAACCACUGCAGUGCCUUGCACGGAUGACGGCGCAGAAGAAGAUGCGCCCCGCGUGGCCCCGAGAGGACGCCCCCAUGCCGGGGGUGCGUUUUGCCAAGGAUCGAAACAGCUGGGUGGCCUUCUGGUGCGAGAAUGGGAAGCAAAACUACAAGUCCUUCAGCAACAAGAAGUUCGGCUGUGAACGGGCUCGCCUCAUGGCAAUCGCGGCCCGCCAUGCCUUCGACCAGCGCGUUGCACGCCAGCAGCUCCAGCAGUACCAACAGCAGUUGAAUGAGCAGCAUCAACUGAAGCAGCUGCAUUCUAAAAAGCAGUCACGAUCUCUCGUCAUCUCCCGGCCGGCAACCGAAAAUCCGCCUGGAGGCAACCGCGCAGUUGCCGGACUCGGUGACUUAACUAUGGGCUCUGUUUCCUCACGUUCCCUAUCCACCGCAGGGUUGUCCGAUGACAGUGCAAGACAAGAGGCGAAUACUGUCCCAUGCAAAAGAACAGACGAUCCCAAGGCCAACCGGUCCACACUAACGAAUAGACAAAGCUCGUUUGACGACGAUUCGGCGGAUAUGUUGGGCAAGGCCGCCCUAGGACUGAGUUUUGCAGAGCUGCAGAAGCUCGCGGAGUCUCUGGAAAUCCCGCAGCACCUUUAUAGUCCGCAUCACAAUGUACUACAGACGACCGAGUUGCCCUCAGCAGCGGAUUCUGCGGGUCUCACUGUUUCAACCGACAUCCUCAACUACGAUUUUGGCGAGUCUAAAAGUGACGCAAAAAAGCGAGCUUGCUUGCAGUUGGAGAAAAUUUCUGACGUCAACAUUGCGCAGAAUCUCCAUCUUGCCAAUUCGUAUGAUCCCAAAACUGCACAAGAAGACAUGAUACAGAGCUCCGAGCCAGCAGAACGGCUCGCGGGAAGAAACUUGCGGCGGGGGAGUGGCGAGGCAGUUAAAGGGGACAGUGUCCCGGAAGAGAAGGUGCGGGAUUCGGCUAUACUCGCGUAG